CUGACCUACAACCCAUACGCGCUAUGCUUGUAAAUCGUCAAUGUAGUACUAGUCUUUUUUAUAAAUCGAUUGAUCGGUACUUUAAAGAUUAAGAUGCUUUGUUGCAUCCCAAACGCUCCAGCGACUAGACGAAUAAAAAUUGACCGGUAUUCCAUUGGUAAUCCAAUAAACUUUCGACACAUUGCGCACAUGGGUAGCUCAGAAAUAUCAGAUAAUAAUGUAUGCAAUUCUUUUGGUCUCCUCGACCAACAAUCUCUACCAGUGCACUUAAAAUUGAUUGACUUACCUAAUCUUUCAAGUAACAACAACACUUCAGUAUCAUGUGGUCCUUUAACUCCGUCAAGUUUAUGUGUCAGUUCUACAGUUUCAUUUACUUUUACCACUCAAUCACCAAUGUCAACAACUAUAGCAAGGUCAACCAAAAGGAACUCGCUUUUGGAUCCUAAUUCUGUGUUACAUGAGCCUUGUAAAACAACUCACGUUGUUAUGCGCCAUUCAACUCACUUGAGCAAUCUAAAGCCAGAAUCACCUCGUCUCGAUCUCAGUUUGCCGUUGCCUCCACCACCACCUCCCCCUCCUCCUGUUAAUCCUGCUAAUCUUCGUUCUAUGUUACAGUCAUCUUAACAAAGUGAAUUAUCUCUCAACAGUUAAUCGUAUUUCCUUUAUUUUAUCCAAUUGGUCCUCUGAUUUGAAGCAUAAUUUUCACUAUUGUUCCCUUAAGCCAUUUUUUCCUGUUAUUUGAUUACAAACACCAGAUUAUAGAAGAACUAAGACUUUUCUUGUUGGUAGUCAACCAAUCCUCACAUCCGUUGUAGCCACUGUCACCGCCCAACUAGUACCUUAUCCAUAUCAUCUCUUCUAAAUAUAAUGAAUAAUAACCGUUCCUUUGGUGGUAUUCUGCUGCGUAUUUGUCGAGCACAUUUAAUGGCUAGCUUUUGUUUGAUGUAUUUCUUUUCUUUCUCUCUCCCGCUCUUUAUAUCUCGCAUGAAAUAAAUGUCAACUGACCAUUAUUAGCACGCGGUUUCGUCUACACGGACCAUCAUCUUGAUCUUUUUUGUUUGCCGUUUUCGUAUUUUAGCUUUUCAACAUGACGACAUUUACGCAUACACACUCAUACACAUUUAACACAUACUAUUUAUGUCAGCAGAUGACCAUUUGAAGUAGUCAUUGCAACACUUCAUCAUAUGCUCUCCUGUUGUUACUUCCUUCUCUUUGGCUAUUCUUAAUUAAUUGUGCUAUGUGUUACGAUGUUUUUGCUAUUUAUCUGCCCUCAUGUGUACUUCUUCACUCUUGCUUUUGUUAUUCGUUUUCUAUUGUUUUUCAUUCCUUACUUUUGGUUUUACAUAAUAAGAAAAAAGAUGAAAAUUUGCUUCCGAAUUCUGUUCACUAGUUUCUUGUUACUCUUGUUCUGAUCUAAUACUAAUAAUAACAUUUAUAAUUUUUAGAAUUGUCUUCUUACGAUUUGUUUUUUUACAUAAAAUAAAAGUGUUUUACAUACCUCGUUUCUUGAUGUUGUUUGCUCCUUGUGUCAAGAUAAAAAACAAAUGAGUAGUUAUGGCAUAAUUUUGUGUGUACGUGUGACCUGCUUGACUUAGUUACAAUCCAUCGUAGUUACCAUUUUUGUGUAUUUUGUUAAUUACUUGGAGAAAAUAAUAAAUAUGUUUGAAAUAUUUUGAUCAAUGUUUAUUAUUGUAGUAGAUUUUGUAUCUGAAUCAUCUCCACCUUUCUUAAUUUCAGUAUGUGAUAUUCAGUUUAUUAAAACCUCAUCAGUCGCCACAUGUUAAGAUCAGAUCACUUACAUGGAAAUUAAUGAGAAACCAAGUGAAUCCCAAUCAGUUGUUGAGUAUAUUCAUCUUUACAACUCUUCUUAGUAGAGAUUUGCAUGUACUUAUUUGAGUAGUGUUUGACCAAUUUUAUUACACUGUAUAUUCAUGAGAUUCGAAAUAACGAAAGGAGGCUAAAAGAUACUCUUUAUGUGCUAUAAAAAUUAAGUUUAAUGUUAAUUUUUUUUUCUGAACUAAGUCAGCAUCAGGUUGAAUGAGAAGACUACUGGAGAAAUGUAAUUAAUAAUGAAUUCUCCGUGACUUUACUUUUACGUAAUUUCCUUUAAUAUUUGUUAGUAUUUCUGUUCAUUGCUUUUUUGUUUACUCUAUUAUUUUUUUGUAAAGUAAAAUUGUGUUAUUUAUUGAACUCUUGAACUUCUCCUACAUAAAUAACAGUCUUUAUGUAACAGAACAGAAACCGACUAAUAUGUAGUUAUAAAAUCAACGUUGGAGCUGAGUAAUGACAACAGAACAUAGUAAUGUACAAUAAAUAUUGUGGGUCUCAUUUCAAAGAGGAUUACAUUUAAAAGUGAGAACUACGAGAAAAGGUAGGAACAACUAUUUGAAC